CACCCGCCGAGUGUCAGCCGGGCGGAGGGCGCGAGAUCUGGCCGCGGGCCGGCGGGCGGGGAGGGCGCGGAGGGCGCGGGCGCGCUGCGGCCCCUCCGCACCAUGUACACCAUCACCAAGGGACCCAGCAAGCUGGUCGCGCAGCGGCGCACAGGUCCCACGCAGCAGCAGGUGGAGAGCAGGCUCGGCGAGCUCCUGAAAUGCCGGCAUCUCGCGCCGCCGACCCCGCAGCCCCCACGGGCGCAGCCGCCGGGACCCUGGCCCCUGUCGAGUCCAGGGCCGAGGCUCGUGUUCAAUCGGGUGAAUGGCCGGCGGCCACCUGCCACAUCCCCGUCCCUCAAGGGAACCCAGGAGACCUACACACUGGCUCACGAGGAGAACGUCCGAUUUGUGUCCGAAGCCUGGCAGCAAGUGGAGCAGCAGCUGGGUGGUGGCCCAGCCGGUGAGAGCGGGCCGAGGCCAGUGCAAUACGUGGAGAGGACCCCCAACCCCCGGCUGCAGAACUUCGUACCCAUCGACCUGGACGAGUGGUGGGCACAGCAGUUCCUGGCCAGGAUCACCAACUGCUCCUAGUCGCAGCUUUGGAAGGAACGCUGCCCAUGCAGGGCCUGGCCCUGCCCCACGCUGGACCCUCUGCCAGGAGAGGACCACGGCACCCUGUCCACCCGCUGCGGUGUGCCGUGCUUCACCCUGGGCCUGGCCAGGAGCCGGCCAC